CUUUAUUUUAUUUUAUAUUUAUUUAUUAUUACAUAAUAUAAUAUAAUUAAUUAAUGGAUAAAAUGAGUAAGAAGAUGAAUUCGUCAUUGAAACCUUCAUUGGGUCAGAAUUUGGUACAGUAUCAUAUAGUUGGCAGAGCCGCUCCAACUAAGAAGAACCCAAACCCAAAUACCUACAGAAUGAGCGUUUUUGCUAAAAAUUCAGUCCUUGCAAAAUCACGUUUUUGGUAUUUUAUGAAACGCCUAAACAAGGCCAAGAGGUCUGGAGGUGAAAUUUUAGCUUGCAACAGAUUAAAUGAGCCUAAAAAAGGACAAGUUAAAAAUUUCGGUGUAUUACUUCGUUAUAAGUCAAGGACAGGUACUCAUAAUAUGUAUAAGGAAUAUCGAGACUUGACAAGGACUGGGGCAGUUUCUCAGAUGUAUGGUGACAUGGCAGGCCGUCAUCGUGCUCGUGCCAGUUGUAUUCAAAUCAUUCGUGUUGCUGAGAUUAGUGACAGUGACUGUAAGAAACCCAAAGUAACCCAGAUGCACGGGAAAAAGCUAAAAUUCCCGAUCCUUAAACCCAUGCCACACGUUGAAAGAAAGGAUAGAAAACUUUUUUCAACUAAAAGGCCAUCACUAUCACUUUAAUCUGGUAUACGUUUA